AUUGCCAAAUGAAAAAAACAAAACAAAAGAGAAGCGCAGAUAAACCCUAAUUGGCUAAUUGGGUUAACUGUCCUUUAGCAGUUAUACACACACACGGCAGCAGCUGCAGCACAACAAGAGAUGGCGAAUAGUGAAGAGAAGAUGAAGAUGAUAAUGGGAAAUGACUGGGAGGAGUGUUGCACACAAGAUGAGCUUCUUCAUCUUUUAGCUAACAAGCCUCUGCCAGUUUUCUUGGAUCGCUUUGAACCCUCUGGCAAAAUCCCACUAGCCCAGGGUGUUGUGAAGGCCAUUAAUGUCAAGAAAAUGAUUGCAGCUGGUUGCCAAGUAAAAGUUUGGAUGGCAGAUAUUUUUGCACAAUUAAACAAUAAGUUGGGGGGAGACAUGAAUAAAAUUCAAGUCGCCGGGAAGUAUUUUGUUGAGAUUUUGAAAGCUUUAGGGGUUAAUCUGGAAGAUGAGAAAUUCAAGCUGCUGUGGGCCUCCAAAGAAACUGAUUCCCAGUCGGAUGUAUACUGGCCUCUAGUCUUAAAUAUUGCAAGAGGGAACACAGUUUCUGGCGUAGAGAGGUGCAUAAAACUUAUGGGUCUUUGUGAACAUGAUGAAUUAAAUGCAUCACAUAUAGUGUACACUGUCAUGCAAUGUGCCGAUAUUUUUUUCCUUGAGGCUGACAUUUGCCAAACAAGCAUGGAUCAGAUGGAAGUAAAUGUACUCGCAAGAGAGUACAGUGAAAAGAUUAAGAGGGAAAACAAGCCAGUAAUAUUGUCUCAUCAUGUGAUCUCUGCUUUGCAGCAAGGGCAAGAGAAAAAGAAUGACCCGUCAUGUUUUAUUUUUAUGGAUGAUGAGGAGGCAGAUGUAAAUGUCAAGAUAAAGAAGGCAUAUUGUCCACCGGUUGUUGUCAAUGAAAACCCAUGUCUGGAGUACAUCAGAUACAUUAUUUUCCCUUGGUUUAGUGAGUUUGUGGUUGAGAGGGGUGAAAAAAAUGGCGGUAACAAAACAUUUUCAAGUUUUGAGGAACUAAUCUCCGACUACGAAAGUGGAAGAUUGCAUCCUGGGGACUUGAAGCCUGCUCUUACAAAAGCAAUCAACAAGAUAUUGCAGCCCGUGCGCGAACAUUUCAAGAAGGAUGCUGCUGCUAGAGAUCUAUUAAAAAGGGUCAAGGGUUACAAAGUUUCCAAAGACCCCCCAGUGGAGAAAAUUCCAGUCGCCUCUGACAUUGAGUCGCAGUCAGUGGAGUUGCAGGAUGAGGAAUUAUCUUCUGAACUGCUAUCAGAUGGGUUGAACCAGAUGAGUAUUGAAGACCGCAAAUUUAAUACCGUAAGGAGUAUAGGGGAGGAGUGUAUAAAGUUGGAUGAACUGAAGAAUCUUCUAGCGAAGAAGCCUGAACCUAUUGCCUAUGACGGCUUUGAACCUUCCGGUAGAAUGCAUGUAGCUCAGGGGAUUCUUAAAGCAAUUAAUGUCAACAAACUAACAUCAGCCGAUUGCAGAGUGAAGAUAUGGGUUGCAGAUUGGUUUGCACAGUUAAACAAUAAACUGGGGGGAGACCUUAAUAAAAUUCAGACUGUUGGAAAUUAUUUUGUGGAGAUAUGGAAAGCUCUUGGAAUGAAGCUGGAGGAAGGGAAAGUAGAAUUUUUGUUGUCCUCCAAAGAGAUCAAUUCUAGGUCAAACGAGUACUGGCCUCUGGUACUGGACAUAGCUAGAAAGAACACACUUUCGAGGAUAAUAAAGUGCGGUCAGAUAAUGGGCCGUAGUGACAAGGAUCAGUUGACUGCAGCUCAGAUAUUAUACCCAUGUAUGCAAUGUGCUGAUAUAUUUUUUCUCAAGGCGGACAUAUGCCAACUUGGCAUGGAUCAGAGGAAAGUGAAUGUCCUUGCAAGAGAAUAUUGCCUUAAGAUAAAGAGGAAGAACAAACCGAUUAUAUUGUCUCAUCAUAUGAUUCCUGGUUUGCAGCCAGGGCAGGAGAAGAUGUCAAAGAGUGAUCCAUCUUCUGCCAUUUUUAUGGAGGAUGAAGAGGAAUCUGUAAAUAUGAAGAUACAGAAGGCGCAUUGUCCACCUAAUGUUGUUAGUGGAAAUCCUUGUUUGGAGUAUAUCAAAUACAUCAUAUUCCCUUGGUUUUCUGAAUUCAGUGUCAGCAGAAGUCAAAAUGAUGACACGAUCUAUAACAAUUUUAAAGCCCUUAGUGCUGAUUAUGAAAGUGGGGAAGUACAACCCAGUGACCUGAAACACGCUCUUGCAAAAGCAUUAAAUCAGAUAUUACAGCCUGUGCGUGAUCAUUUCCAAAAUGACCCAGAUGCCAAGGAUUUACUCAAGAGGGUGAAGAGCUACCAAAUCACCAGAUGAUGGAUGGAAGAGUGUCUGCGAACCAUGGACAAAACACCAUCUUCACGAGUGCCAGCAAUUGUACGUGACAUGUUUUAUUUGGUGACAUCUGAUAUAUACACUUAUAAUUUACUGUAACAAGUAAUGCAAGUGAAAUUACAUUGAGGUAUAUUUACUUGGUUCAUAUUGACAAUUUUGUUGAAAAUUGAAAAUUCAAGUAGUACCAUUGAAAUUUGAAGAACUCAUGUUGAGCUUUUGUGUGAA